AUGUCACACCUGUUCCGAACAGCCCAGAGGUUUCCUUCCUUCAACUACCAGGGGAGCACAACACCGCGUACCGGGCGUCAAGACCUAAUCAAAAAUGAGAGCAUGAUUCAGACGUUCUGGACAACAACCAGGCACCGGUACCAUUCUACACCAUUCUAUCAACAAGCACUCCUACACAAUCACUAUCAACUACCGCCGGUGGCACGCCACACGGCUUGUCAUGUUUCAACUCCUUGGUUCCUGUUCCUCUCGCAUCCCGCCACCACAGACACCAUGAGACACGUCCAGGCGCUCUCAUCGUCCCACUUGCUGCGGCCAUGGGCAACAUGCUUAUACCUUGAUUCGAUGGCUCGUCGGGUGCCGCACGGGCGUUGGAGGACGUCGCGAAGCCAGCGCCGUCAUCUCUUCACCGGUGCUUCCCAGAAACCACGCUCCCCCGACCGUAAGUUCACCUCUUCCAUCCCUGCGGCUAUCGCCUUCGCAGGCCUUUUCACAUGGUGGCUUUAUCCCACCGAAGAAUUUAACCGGCUGUCAGAAACAGCAAAACGGGUUGAAGACGGGAAGCCGGUUUGCGAUGAGGACAAGGACGACGAACCCAGAGACAGAAAUGGCACCUCUGCUGCGUGGUCUCAUUUCGCGUCGGCUUUUGAAACCUUUUCCGACGCCGCCACCAUCGAGUGGUCUGCCUUGUCCGACAAGAUCGUCGACUCGAUCCUUCCCGAGUGGUCCAAGAUGAUCCCGGGAUACGUCCGAAAGCUGCAGCGCGAGAUGUCCAUGGCUCCUGGCUCUCUCGCCGACGAGAUUUGGAACGAAGCACACGAUCCCUUCAUACACCCCGAAAUCCGACACUCCGCCUCUGUCCGCGUGUCGAACCAACUCUGCGACGAGGAGAAGGAGUUCCUCGCCCGUCGUAAGAAGGUCACUCGAGCUGCCCUGGCCCGUUUCCUCGGCAUCGAUGAACACGAUAUUCACCCUGACGAUGUACCUGUCAUUGCUACGUGCGGCUCCGGCGGAGGCCUACGCGCACUGGUUGCCGGCUCGGGCUCUCUGCUCGCUGCCGACGAGGAUGGCCUAUUCGACUGUGUGACUUACACCGCCGGUGUCUCUGGCUUCUGCUGGCUUCAGGCGCUUUACUUCUCCACCAUCGGCCGGCGGAGUCUCCCCCGUGUGGUCGAACAUAUCAAGUCCCGUUCCAAUAUCCACAUCGCCUACCCCCCGGUUGCGUUCCAUUCCCUCAUCUCCGCCCCUACCAACAAAUACCUCCUAAGUGGACUCGUCGAGAAGCUACGAGGUGACCCUCGCGCCACAUUUGGCCUGGUUGACAUCUACGGCUUGCUACUUGCCGCCCGUUAUCUGGUUCCUAGAGGCGAGCUAGGCGUCUGCAGUCGAGACUUCAAGUUGAGCAGCCAACGCGAGCAUAUUCAGUACGGCCAGAACCCGCUACCUAUCUAUACCGCCGUGCGGCAUGAGAUUCCCGGACUAGACAAUGCGGGGCGUCCGGCUUCGGAUGAAUCGGCCAAAAAGGAAGGACAGAAAGAGGCGUGGUUCCAAUGGUUUGAGGUCACUCCUUACGAGCUGUUUUGCGAGGAGUUCGGGGCCGGCAUCCCCACCUGGGCCAUGGGGCGGAAGUUCUACAAGGGUGUGGACGUCAGCCCGGAGAAAGGCUUUCAUUUACCGGAGAUCCGCAUGCCCUUUCUGAUGGGCGUCUUCGGCUCUGCCUUUUGCGCCACUCUAAGCCACUAUUACCGCGAAAUUCGGCCUCUCGUUCGGUCUAUCACGGGAUUUGGAACCCUCGACGGAGUCAUCUCGGGACGGUACUACAAUGACCUCAGCAAGGUGCACCCAAUUGACCCGGGAACCGUCGCCAACUUUGCCCACGGCAUGCACGGGAAACUGCCGCCAACGGUGCCGCCAUCCAUUUACGACCGGGAAUAUCUGGAACUUAUGGAUGCUGGUAUGAGCAAUAACCUGCCCAUCUAUCCGCUUCUGCGGCCCGGACGGAACGUCGAUGUUCUCAUCGCGUUUGACGCAUCGGCGGACAUCAAGACGGACAACUGGCUAGCCGUGGCCGACGGUUACGCCUGCCAGCGAAAAAUCAAGGGUUGGCCCAUUGGCAUCGGCUGGCCCAAACCGGACGAGACUCCCGCACAACACGUGAAACAGCUCGAAGAAGCUGAGGCUGCCACGACAGCGGAAGCACACGUCAAGUUGCAAGAAGCGAAGCAGCACCAGAAAGCCGCGGAGAAGGCACAGGACUCCCAGAACAAGAACAACGGUAAAAGCGCUGCUUCCCAGUCCGCCGAGUCGUCUGAAGCAAACAAAUUCAGUCCCGGCAAGCCCGGCUCGGGAGAUCUAGGCUACUGCACCGUCUGGGUCGGCACGAUGCAAGAGAGUACAACCGAGUCGCCUCCUCCGCCUUCCAGAGCCCUCACGGAUGAUGAAGCGGCAACGGAGCUCUCCCGCCCCGAUGCUGGCUUAGCCGUCGUGUAUCUCCCCCUCUUGGCCAACCCUUCCCGCGUCCCGGGCAUCAACCCCGGGACCACGGAUUUCCUGUCGACAUGGAACUUCGUGUACACGCCAGAGCAAGUCGACCAGGUCGUCGAGCUGGCGAGGGCCAAUUACGACGCCGGUCGAGGGCAGAUUCGCGAGACGUUGAGGGCGGUGUACCUACGCAAGAAAAAGGCGAGGGAAGAGAGGGAGGAGGCGGCCCGGAAGGAAAGGGCAAGGGGGAUGCAGAUGCCGGCUUUCCAGAAUGGUGUACAUCAAUCAUCCACCAUAGAGCCUCCUACAUGCGGUUCCAUUUUGUAA